GCGAGCUGAUCAUCGGACGAGGUGCAAGAAAAUGGUACACAGAGAAAAGGUGAAUAUACAUAUCCGUACACACUUGUACUAUUACCAAUAGUGAAGUGGUGGCGGAGGUAUACAAACUUUUUCCUUAGGUACCAUUUUCGAUUCGAAUAGUGAUGCGAUAGUGACCUGUGAGUGUUCAUCAAGUGACGUGGUAUCACAGCCAUGUGAUACCACAGCCCGGCUUCAUCACGGAGAACGAUAAGGUCGACCAAAAGCGAACGAAACGCAAGAGAAUAUCCGAUAUGAGGGUUGACUUACGCGGGCUGAAGUGUGCAUCCGCACUCCGCAAAGCUGCCAUGUACGAAAGCAGCUGCUCGUACGCCGGAGCCCUAGAGUUGAAGCGAAGCGCCCUGAAGGAGGAGCCAUGGCCCACCACGGAGUGGCCCCCCUACCGUCUCCACCAGUCAACCUUCGAGCAGCUGAAGCAAAGCGUGGAGAAGGCCAAAGCAGCCCUCCAAGACCGAUCAGGCCUGCUGGGCAGUGCUACUGCGUUCGGGGACUUUUAUGGGGGACAGUUGGGACAGGACACGAGCGGCACGGGACUCGGCUUUGGAAGGACCAGGACAGAUGACUCGAUGCUCGGGUCCAUCGACAAAAACAAAAGUUUGGGCACAGAAAAGAUAUCAAGUGGUCUCAGUAAGGGUUACUCCACACCAACACUGUCAGACACGCUGCGAGCGACCAAAUGUACAGAUGCAUCCUACAAAAGUUCUUGGUCUUCACAUGCGACGUCACAGGGUUCACAAGGCUAUGGCACCAAUUCCCUAUCAGCCAUGUCGAAAUCGACGCUUGACGCGCACACACAUCUCCGUCAACCAGAUCCAUAUCAGAUGUUUGGCCCCACGAGCAGCCGGUUGGCAAACUCAGGUUCCGGCCAGAUCCAACUAUGGCAGUUCCUGCUAGAGCUGCUGAGCGACUCCAGCAACGCCGGCUGCAUCACCUGGGAGGGCACCAACGGGGAGUUCAAGCUGACAGACCCUGACGAGGUGGCCCGGAGGUGGGGCGAAAGGAAGUCCAAGCCCAACAUGAACUACGACAAGCUGAGCCGAGCUCUGAGGUAUUACUAUGACAAAAAUAUUAUGACAAAAGUCCACGGCAAGAGAUACGCAUACAAGUUUGACUUCCAAGGGCUGGCGGCGGCGACGCAGCCCGCCGCUAGCGACCCUGCCUACAAGUACCAGAGUGAUCUCUUCAUGAGCUCGUACCACCACUCGGCGAAGCUCACUUCCUUUAUGGCCCCCCACGCGGCCAUGCCGACGACAUCAGCGUCGAUAUUCCCGUCAGCCUCGUGGGGCAACUGGGGGGGAGGGGGCAGCAACCUGUACUCCCCCCACUCCAUGGCCCCGCCCCACGUGACCUCGCAUCUGGGAUCCUACCCGCACUACGCAUGACCA